AUGCAGUUCAAACUCGUAUCUAUUCUUGCCCUUGCUGGCUUCGCCGCGGCAGCUCCUAGCUCUACUCAGGACUUCAAGAACCUCCCCGACGGUCCUUACUCCGGCAUCAACAACGCCGACGGUUCCUCCUCGGUGACACACAUGGAGACUGGCGAGACCUUCAACUUUGCCGCUCCCGCAAAGCGAUCCCUCGAGAAGCGUGACACCCACUGCUGGGGCUAUGAGCUCGACCACGGUGGUGUUGACGCAGCCGUCGUCCAGUUGAAGAACUGGGCUGGAACUGGCAGAGACUGGAGGAGUGAGGGUACUCCUAGCUACUUUGGUUACAACGAGCGAGGUGUUUACGUCUACUACUGCAUCAAUGCUCCUCGCAGCCAGGGUAACCUUGAUGUUGCAGACAUCAACUACGCUCUUGGUCAGAUGGAUUCCAAGUGCAAGCGAUAUGAGGCUGGCUACUUCCGCUGGGAUGGCAGCGUUGAGAUUGUUGGCAAGACCCGCUCUGGUGAUAACAUCUGCCUUGGCUAA